AUGAAGACCUCCAACAACGCCGUCCUCCUCGCCAUUGCGGCUCUGGCCUCGCAGGCCGCCGCCGAAGUUCAGAUGGAUGUCCGCUACAGCGACAACAUGAUCGACGUCGGCAACAUGGACCUGUUCGCCGCCACCUGGCAGACCAUCUACGACACAGCCGGCAACGAGCGGUCCGUCAUCACCGACAAGUCGACGGGCACGGACAACAACCCGUGCACCUCCAAGGAAGACAGCGACCCGGACCUGACCGUGUCGAUCAAGAUGAACGGCGCGUGGGGCCAGACGCCCGGCCUGGAAGUCAACCAGAUGCGCGACGGCCUGGUGCAGUCGAUGUGGGAGGUGCUGCGCAACAUCGCCGACCGCAACAAGUACGACGUCUUCGGCGGCUGCACCGGCUUCACCUGGCAGGAGGGCACCGCCGGUGACGCCAAUGCCGCGUGCGGCCCGGCUGCUGCCACCAGCUGUGAGAACGCGUGCAAGGACGCGUCCGACAUCGCCAGCCAGGUCGAGUGCAGCAUCAAGACUACCGGCUACAAGGUCCCCUCCGAGAUGCGCGUUACUGCCUACAUCGACAACCAGCUGCAGGCUGAUGAUCUGAUUAUCAGCAUCAGUGCUGCGAAGAACCCUGAGACUGGUGGUUGCGGUAUCCAGGGUGAGAUUGCGAAGGCUGUUGCUGGUUUCAUUCCUGUGGCUGGCGGUCUGUUCGCCCAGGGUAUUGCUAUUGGUUGCACUGGUGUCCCCCAGACCACCAGCUAA